UCUGCUCGCUCUGGUGGAGAGGGAGAGUUGUGUGUGUCCCGGUGCACGGUUAUUGUUGGAGGCGGGUUUGUGGCCGACGCCGCUCGGGUCGAGGGUUCGCGAUCGCCGGCUGGGCGCAGCGGGAGUGCGGCCCGGGGCGGUGACCGUGCGGCCAGGUGAGCCGGUGCCGGUGAGAGUGUGUCCCCGGCUCGGGGGGUGCAGCAUGCCCGCGGCGGGCCCCCCGCACCAGCUCGCAUCAUGAGGAGCGCAGCGCUGCUGCUGCUGGCUCUGCAAUGGCUGUGGAGCGCGGCUUUGGCGUCGGCCAGAUCCGACUCGGAGUCAGCGGAGGACGAGGAGACCGUGGCCGAGAUAGAGGUGGUUCAGUACCGAGGGAACGGCGUGGUGCCCAACAACAGCACCCUCCUCCUGCACGGACACUUCGCCGGAGCUGGCAUGAGAGUGGCAGCAGAGGGCAAACUGCUGCAGUUUCACCCUCUGUGGCUGUGUAACACCAGUGAAGACGAGCAGCAAGACUAUGGCUUUGUCAGUAUGGUCAAACUGGAGCGUCCUGACCGAGACCCACAUCCCUGUCUCUCCCUCUUCAACAAGGCCAAGUUUGCUAUUCAGAGAGGUGCCACUGCAGUGAUAUUUGAUGUAACAGAUGAUGCAAGUGCUGCCGGUCAGCUGAAGCAGAAUCAAGAGGAUCUUUUGCCUUGUCCAGUUAUCCUGAUCCAAGGCCAUGAUGCUACCCAACUGAUGAAGGUCAUCAACACCAAUGGUGAAGCAAUAGUCAGGAUUCAUGUCAAGAGUGACAGACUGGGUCGGCCAGCCUACGAUGUGGGGAUCCUCAUGACUCUGAUUGUGGCUUUCUCAGUUGUUGUCAUGAUCCUGGCGGUGAGAAUCAAAUGCAAGCAGAACCGGACUCGGAAUUCCCUGCAGCAGCAGACUAUCAAUGCAAUCAGCCAGCUCGCCACACGACGUUAUCAAUCAAGGUGUCAGGCUCAGAGUCAUGAGCAUCAGAACAGCUUGGAUUCACAGAGUAGCAAUGUGUCAGAGCCAGUGUGUGCUAUCUGUCUGGAGGAGUUUGCUGAUGGGCAGGAUCUACGGAUAAUUUCUUGUUUUCAUGAAUUCCACAAGGAAUGUAUAGAUCCCUGGCUUCUUCAGCAUCGCACCUGCCCUCUCUGCAUGUACAAUAUCAUUGAGGGUAGUGCUUCAAUUCCGCAACUGGAACCUCAAGACCAAGCCAAUCCAGCUGCUCAACUAAACCAGCGUAUCCAUUUGCUCAGGCGUUACCCUGGUCAUGCGCAUCUUCACAGGCCAGACACUGCCAUUCCUUCCAGGCCUUCUCGCUUGAACAAUCCCAGAACUCCAGGAAUGCAAAUUGCACCCCCUGGCCAUUACUUUGUUGCUCCUGAAGUCUAUCGUGCAGGGUUCAACACCAUGAGAUAUGUGGCCACAAGGCCCCAACAAUCUUCAAACUUGCAUAGGUGUAACUAUCGUCAUGCUGAUGGCCAAGGAGUUUUCUACAGACACCACAGACCCUUUACUGUCCGAAAAGGCCCACCAUGGCCAGACCAAGUUCUUCACCACCCAUGUCUGCAUAAACCUCCCUGCUGGCCGCAGCACCUUUCAGCAUACAAUGCCCCCCUAUCCUCACAUCACUUAACGCCCAACUGUGCUCCUGAUCAUUCACAGAUCACCAGCAACCAUGACAACCACAGCUACUCAGGGGACAGUUUUGGUAUUAACUGUUCAGUGAGAAGUGGAUACCUGGCUGACAGCCCAGGUAGUGAUUCCAGCUCAGGUCCUUGCCACUGCUCCUCCAGUGAUUCAACACUGGACUGUACAGACAUCAGUAACCAUUGUACCUAUGGGAGCCAAUCAACCUUCCGUAGCUCUCUGAGCAGUGAGUAUGAUCCCCUUGUGUACUGUGGGGCGGGUGGGGAAACUAUGAAGAGUUCAACCUUUGAAGUAGAGAGACCCAGGUCAAUGGACUCAGUUAAUGGUCCUCUGGAAGACAAUGUGUUUAGCCACACUCACUAUCACCAUCAUCGGCACCACCACUAUGGCGACGCUGACCCAAGUCCCGAAGGAGUGCAAUGUAUGAACCCUGGCUGGAACUCAGCAGAGAAGCAGGAUAGCACACAGUCGGAGGAGUUCAUGAAUGAUAAACGACACUGCCAGCCUGAGGCAGAGUUCAGCUGUCAGUCCCAGUGCGCCGCUCAUCCUGUCCAGUGCCCCUGCUUGGAGCAGCACCUGUUACUUCCCACUGGACUCUGCCUUCCUGAAACAUCCCUGAAAACUAUGGAUGUGGAAAGGAGACAGAGUGAGGCAGUUUGUGCCAAACCAGACCAAGUGCCUUCAGAAAAUAAAUCCAAUCGGACCAGUAACAGGAGGCGGCGAAGGAGGAGGAAAAGAAGUUUCCAGAUGAAUCAACCAAUGGUUUACUUCCAUCAGGACUACAAUGCUCUGGAGGACUGUCGAGUACAUAUUCAUUAUGGGAACCGUGGACGGCAGGGCCACCUUCCAAAUGUUCAGCCGUCAGUGCCAAUCCCUUUAAUCCUAAACAAUGGAGCCUCGAAUGAAUGGAGUUUCCCAUUUUGUGAGUGUCCUAGCUCCCUCUGUCAGCAACGCCUAUGUCAGGUUGGUUCUGAGCCACAGCUGGCAGAAGAGCAGCACAUGAACAACAAUGAGCCACGACACACAUUUCAAGAGAGCUGUACUGAAGUGUAUUGUGAUGGAGUACAAGAUGAGUCCUUCCACUGCCAGACAAUCCCUCACAAUCCAGGUUCAGAAUCUAACGUGGGAGAGAUCGGUGAAGAAGCGGUGUAGCUAACUGAAGAAACAAAGCAAGUCUGAAGAAGUGGUAUAGCUGGCAGAAUGAAGGGCCCAGAAGUGAGGAAACAGUGAAGCCAGUAGGAUGUAGGGAGUAGGUGUGAAGAAGCACUGAAGCUGGUGGGAUGAUGGGGUGGUGGUGAAGAAACCAAGUAGCCGGUAGGGUAAUGCAGAAAGUGUCAACAUGCCAUGUAGCUGGUGAGAUGAGGUGUUCAGAUGGAAUGGCACAAUAGAGUUGAAUGGAAGAUGGAGCAACAUGACAAAGAACAAAUUAUUUCAAAGCUUGGAACACUCAGUCCAGGAACAUGAAUCUUCAGAAGCAGCUCUUCAUGGUAUUGGUGCUUAUUAUUCAUUGCCAACUAUCUACUUCACCAGAGACAUGGGGGUAUCUGUAGCCUUCCAUUUGACUGGAGAAUUGAAGGGCUUAUUGAAGGGUCUAUUCCAAGUUGUCUUUGUCUUCCAAAAUAGCCCAAGGUAUAGCAAACUUCCAGAACUUGUGACUCGACCCUGACUGUCAGAUAGUAGAAGCACUUAAAAACAAAUGUAGCCUUAUGGGACCUUGUAUUUACCAAGGUUUCUCAGUAUAUUUUGGGUACUUUGAAUUAAGAGAAAAACUUUUUAAAGCGUUGUAUUAUAUUUGUAUAGAAAGACAUUUCAUUAUGGUAAUAUGUUCUUAAUAUAUUUAUUUACUAAUAUAUUUAUCCUCUGUAAUGUAAAGUGCCUUAUAAAU